AUGUUCCCCUUCCUGCGCGAUGGGGACCUAUCCCCCAGUCCUGGCUUCACUGUAACGAAGGAACAGGACGACGAUGGCCCGCGCGACGGCCUACAACUCAUCAGCCCGCGCAAAGCCGCCAUCCUCGCCGAAUCCUCUUCCCCUUCCUCCAAACCUACAAGUCCACCUUCAAGCCAAUUAACCAAAGCCGCAGACCCCGGUAGCGGCCUUGACUUGCCUAGCGUCCCAAGCAACCUCUGCCCCCGCCUCCCAUCCUCGAGUUAA